GCCCAAGGCGAAGGCCACGUCGACGCCCCUCUCUGCUGACCCCGCCGAGUCGCCGCACGACGAGCAGACGACGGCGGUGCCCGAGCUGUCAGGCGUGAACGCAGAUAACUUCUCUCACGUGCAGAAGUGGCUGGCCACCAUCAAGCAGCACGUCGUGUUGCAGACGGCGUUCGCAGACAGCGUGGAGCCGGUCGCUGUUAGCGAUGGCGCGGUGGUCCCCCCGAUCGACAUCGGCGUUGUCGCGAAGAAGCUCGAGUCGAUGGGCGCCAACAUCGAGGGGGCGACGGUCGUCGGCACUGGUUCCGUCCCUCUCGCAUGGAUCGACACGCUGAUGAACCCCACGCCAGGUGUCCAGAUCAACAUGAGCGACGUGGACCUGUUCAUCAAGCGCGACUUCAAGAAAACGUCGGCGCUGCCUUCUAAGCUGCGCACGAUUGCCAUUGCACUGACGGAACUCUCUACCGAGCCGUUCGUGGCAAAGAAGUUGCAGAGUUUGAGCGCUUUCGAGAAAUUACACGCCCCCAUCAAGGCCUGCGCCGAUGAAGUGGACACUGGCACGAUGACGGAUGCCCGGGCCCGGGACUGGUUGAAGCUUUUCCGCCAG